AUGCCGGUGUGGAGAAAGGAGAUGAAAGAAGAAGCAAAGAAACAGCUAUGGCUGGCAGGACCUAUGAUAUUUGUGUGUGUGUUUCAGUUCAGUUUGCAGCUUAUAUCUCUCAUGUUUGUAGGUCAUUUGAGUGAGAUAUGUUUGGCUGCUGUAUCUCUGUCAACUUCAAUUGUCAAUUCUACUGGUUUCAAUGUCAUGAUGGGUCUAUCAAGUGCAUUGGACACAUUUUGUGGCCAAGCAUAUGGAGCAAAGCAGUAUCACAUGCUUGGUGUGCACACCCAAGGAGCCAUGGUGGUUCUUAUCAUUGCUAGCAUACCAGUGUCCAUUAUUUGGGUAUACUUAGAGCCUAUUCUUGUGCUUUUACAUCAAGACAAAGAAGUUGCAAAACUAGCUCAACUAUAUGCCAGAUAUUUGAUCCCAAGUCUUUCCGCCAAUGCUCUUCUUCGAUGCAUUACUAAGUUCUUACAAACCCAAAACAUAGUCUUUCCUAUGGUGCUAGCCACUGGCUUGACUAGUUUGUUGCACUUGCUUCUCUGUUGGGUUUUCAUUCUAAAACUUGACCUUGGUAUCAAAGGAUCUGCCAUUGCAAUUUGCAUAUCAAAUUGGUUUAACACCAUAAUCUUUGCACUUUACAUUCGAUUCUCCCCUUCAUGCAAACAAACUUGGACUGGUUUCUCUAAGGAAGCAUUGCAUAACAUCCCAAAAUUUCUCAGACUUGCCUUUCCUUCAGCAGUCAUGGUGUGCUUAGAAUCAUGGACGUUUGAAAUAAUUGUGAUCUUGUCGGGUGUUCUUGCUAAUGCGAAGAUGGAAACAUCUGUUCUUUCUAUAUGGUUAGUUUUUCUGUUGAUAUCUGAAGUAAUAAGCUAA